AUGGAAGACAUCCAGGAGAAACAACAUUAUGUGUCGGCACCGUCCACUCCUCGAAGUCUCCAAGGCAACGAAAAGAAUACGAACAAGUCGGCAUCCACCACCAAACUCUUCAGUCAGCUACCGAAUCCGCUUGCUACGGCUUCGGUCUUGUCUGUCAUGAUGGUGCAGUGGCUCCAGCCCCUAGUUGUGCUGGGUGCCAAGCACGUUCUCGAGAAAGAAGACAUCUGGCCAAUUUGCGAAAUCGACUCGUGCGCAUCGCUCGGUCCUCGGUUUCGCAAGGUCUAUGAUCCAUACAAGAAGCUGCCCUUCGGGAUCUCACCCCUCGCGGUGGCUUUCAUUACCACGUUCAAAGGCGAGAUCGUCGUUGUACUUGGCAAUUGUUUACUGCGUACGUGGCACAGGCCGUGCUGCAAUUCCUAG